UUUUUCUCAGUGUCAAAUAAAAAAUAAAUAAACAGAAAUUGCAAAGCACAUGAAUUAGUUUUCAUUUUCUUUUGCAAUUUAAUUAACUAAAGUGGAUUAAUUUGCACCUCGUUAUGCUAAUUAAGAAAAUAUACUCGUAUGCUCCGCAAACAUUGUAGGAAAUCCCAACUUCCCACCGCCCACACCACACUAAGGUGCUACGCCACCACGCCAAAUGCUGAAAGCUCAUCAACCAAACGACCAACAAACUAUAAAUACAUGCAGAGUGAAAGCGUUAAGUAGCUACCUAAGUUGAGUUGAAAAAUCCUAACGCCUACACAAAUAAAAAAGAUACACAACACAAAGACUGACUGUAAAAUAAAUAAAUAAACAGAUACGUAAAUAAAAAUAUCCGAAGGAUAUAAAAAAAAUAUCCGAAGGAUACAAAAAAAAAAUAUUCAAAGAAUAAAAGUGAAGUUUUAAUAGAGUGCGGUAAACAGCUCGGCAGCUCGGCAGCACGGCAGUACUUUCCUGUCAACUUACGUCGACAUAUCCUUCCACCGAUACUUAUACAUAUAUACGUGCAAACGCCGCCAUUAGUACUUAGCGAAAAGGAUACACAGGAUACACAGUUUAUUUUAAGUUACAACACAGUCAGUUAGUCAGUUGAUCCUACUUUUGCUAUUGCCUUUAUUGUGUUUUUAUUGUGUUGUGUUGUGUUAUGUUGUGUUGUGUUGUGUUUAUAUAACUCUGACUGCGUAGAGUGUAUCUGUGCUUGACAGAUAGUUAGUUCCAAAUGCAUAUGUGUACACGUGACCUUUGCUAAAUUCACACAAAUAUAUCCGUAUGAACAAAAUAAGACCAGCAUAAAUCUACAAAUAAACAAAUUAAAUAACAUUUAAUUGGAUUGUCAAUUUCGGAUUAAAAACGUAAUUAAGCUUGAAAUAUUGAACUAAGAUAUUUGAACCAGAAGAUCUUACAUAAAUGAUGCCCGAAGUGGAUCGUGAGGGAGCAACGGAAAUGGUAAGUGAAGCACAUGCGCAUAAAUUCGAUAAGGAGUCUUUUCUAGUCAAAGAACAACAAAAAUUUAACAAAAGCAACAAUAGUAAUAAACUAAAAUCUACACAUGCGGAGAACGGUUAUAAAAUGGCUACAAGUUCUUAUGUCUACAGUAGUCCAUUAACAAUACCGCCCGUGAAUCCCUAUGAAGCAAAUUAUAAUAACAGCAUAACCGCCAACUAUAACUACCAUGUAGGAAAUACUUCUAUAAGCCCAAGUAGUAAAGAAAAAUUGACAAAUCUUUUACGUGUACGUGAUUCCAGUAGUAGUGGAACGGAACAAAGGCCACUCUCAGCUCCAUUAGCUUGUGCUAACACAGCAUCAACCACAUCAUUUUUGCAGAAAACACUAGAAACUCCACGUUCCUCAUCUUACGGUAGCGCAUUUUAUAGCAACGGCAUGUCGGUGCCAUCACCACAUACAACAUUAUCACCCCCGCCACCACCACCAACACCAAAAGCCACACAUCAGCGUCAAUUGGAUUUAUUGACACCGCCAUUGCAUGGACGGCAACUUUCACCAAUUACUGCUUGCACCCCACCAAAACCAAUGAAAGUUGGCGUUGGCACUAAUGCUCAAACAAUUAAGCAUAAGAUACAUUCGGUCACUGAUUUAUCAAGUCAACCCAACGCUGCAAGUUGGCAUCCACACGUUUAUGCCCAUCCACCAAAUCGGCCAACACCACAUAGCAUAGCUGAUAUACUUGGUUGGCGUGUGGCAGCACUUAAUAAUGAUCAACAGACAACAACGUCGAUCAGAGACAUGAUCGAUGAAUCAUCAAAUUCAUCCGUUGCAACAUUACCACCUGCCAAGUCACCAAAGAGUAUUUUGCGUAAUUUCCAACAACAAAUGCCUGUGUAUGAUGCGAAUCAUAAGCGCAGCGCCUCGUUUAGUGAUGCCAGCGAAGAUGAUGCAAAUGUUGUAUCACAUGAUCAACCUUUAGAUUUAUGUGUACCGAAAAAAUCUCGAGACUCACUCUCUCCACCACCUGCAGUCAAACAGAAUCAAGUGCUCGGCGUAUCACCGACAGCAACUGAUGGCACUAAAUCAUAUACCAAGCAGCUGAAAAAAGAUAAUAAUCAUCAUGUCAGCAAGGCCAGCGGUAAAAAGAAAAGACAUUCGGCUAAUAGUAAUUCUACAGCAACAACAAGUACUGCUACAACAACAGUUGCUGCACCGCCUGAUGUUAGUCCCUCUGGUAGUAGCGAUAGCCUAAUGCGUGAUAAAGUCUUGAAUACACCACCAGCCGCUUCAUCGACUACUAUUGAAACCACAGAAGAUGAUUCAGAUUCUGGUUCAACAGAUGCUCGCCGAAAGAAGAAGGCACGCACUACUUUUACCGGUAGACAAAUUUUCGAAUUAGAAAAACAAUUCGAAAUCAAAAAAUAUUUAAGCUCUAGCGAACGUACAGAAAUGGCCAAAUUAUUAAAUGUCACUGAGACGCAGGUGAAAAUAUGGUUUCAAAAUCGUCGCACCAAAUGGAAGAAACAGGACAAUGUCACCAAUUCCGAAGCAGCUGAACAUAAAUCAACUAAUUCCGUAAAACCAUCAUCGGCUAAUGAAAAUGGCAAAUCACAAAACCAAGCAACAGGAAACUCCGCUGUUGCGAAUUCGAUAACUUCAGCGCCAACGGAAAUGUCAACAAAAAAAUCGCACAACAACAACAACAAUAAUAACACUGAGAAAAAUCGUGCUAUAACGAAUGAAACCAGCACAAAACUAACAACAAAACACGGAACAAAAAUUAAGAAACAAUUAAAUGCAUUACUUGAGAAAACAGCGAAAAACUCCCAUAAAGGAACGGUGGGCGCGAAUGAAAUUAGCAAUGUUAGUGGUGGCGUUGGUGUUGGUGCUGGUGUUGGUAGUGGGGGAUGUGGUAACGGCGGUAGUAAUAUAACAUCUGCUACAACAGUAACCAUGGGCAAAAGUAGCACUAUCAAUGCCAAAAGCAACAAUGAGCAUAACCAUCAACAACAUCAGCUUCAUCACCAGCACGCAAUUCCAUUAACAGUAGAGCCUGCAGCACCGCUGGAACAGACUGAAAAAUUAGAAAUCAAAUUGGAAGAGUCACCGCAACAUCGUGAAUUGCAAUUGAGCUUGCUUAGGGCGGCAAACAAUCAAAGUCCACUUUUUAGUGAAAUGGAUUUUGAAAGUAAAUUAGCAGCAUCCAAAAUAUCUAAUGCAUUAGCCUUCGCCAAACUGCAAAACGGAAAUAAAACACAAAAAUCCAACCAAGAAGCAACGACUACGAAGCAAUCAUUGAACAUGAAUGAAGCUCAAGCGGAUGAGGAUAACAAACAGCAAAAAAUUGAGAAAAUGGAUGUAGAUAUAUUGAACGAUGACUUGGAUGAAAAUGAAUUGAAUGGAAGGAAAACUGAUGCAAAGGAUGCUGAUGCUGAAAACAAUGAAAAUCACGAAAUUGACGAGGAUGAGUUUAUGCAGAACAUUUAAGUCACUAGCGGAAAGGGACGUCUGCAAUUUCAAGAUGAUCUUCCAGUCAAAAUUAAUUGUGCCAAAAAUUAUUUUAACUAAGAAAAGCAUGAAAUGAGCUCAAUUUAAUCUUUUCAAUUUAAAUUAUACUAAUUCUACACUAAAUUACUUAUAAGGAGAAAUAUUACUAAGUACGUUAAGCAUAAAUAAUAAGGAAUACGUUACGUGCUAUUGUAAGGCUAGCAAACAAUUCAAUUAACUAUUAGUUUUUAAGUUAACUUAAAUGUAAAUGGAUUUUAAUUUUUAACACUUAUCUAAUUAUAAAUAAAUAUAUAUAAAUAUACAUAUAUGUAAAAUAAAUUUUACUAAAUAUAAUUUAAAUUUGCUCAGAAGAGAGAAAUAAUCUCAGCUGCUUAAAAAUGAAAGAUAAUAAACCCUAACAUCCUUUGGAGCAGAAGUGACAGGAUAAGGACUACAUGAGUGUCAUAUUUCAAUUUCAAACGUAAUAUUUGUGUGAAUACCCUAAUUUCAAAAAUAAAUCAAUAUUAUGAAUACACAAAAUAUUGCUGUA